GUGAACGUUGAGACGUUUGUUUUCCGCCGUUAAAUCAGGAUGUUUGUUCUCAUUCUGCUCUUCUCUGUGAGACACAUCACUGCUGCCACAGGUUCAUCAGUGAGGGGGAAGGAAACCUGUAAAGAUGGAGACUGUGUCACUUUCAGUGAAGGGGAAAUACCAGCAGAGGCUGGACUCAGUGUGGUCAUACCGUGUUCUUUCAAAACCAAUUCUACUUUUACACCCAAACAUCUGGUGUUUUACAAAUGUGAAGCAUCAAAACGAUUUUGUGCUGAUUCAGACGUGAUAUUCGACUCUAAUGAGAACAGCAACAAGGUUCAGGCCGGGUUUGUUGGACGUGUUUCACUGCUGGAGCCUGAUGUGCGUCUCAGGAACUGCGGCAUCAUCAUCAAUGACCUCACUGAGUCAGAUUCUGGAUCUUAUCAGCUCAGAGUUAAUGGUUUAAAAAAUGGGAGAGAAAAUGGAUUGACAUUCCCUCAAAAAGUAAACAUCUCUGUCAAAGGUCUGACCCAGAAGCCCACAGUGGGGAUUCCUCCUCUGACAGAGGGGCAGCAGACCACACUGAGCUGCACUGCUCCUGGUCUCUGCUCUGGAUCGGAUCCUGAGAUCACCUGGACGUGGAGAGGAGCAGGAGAGAAGGACUCUCACAUCACAGCAACCAUCACUGCUGUGGAGACGUCUGUCACACGAAGACGCAGCUUAACUUUGACCUUUAACCCUUCAGCUGAACACCACGGCACCAAUGUGACCUGUAAGGUCAGAUUCACCAACGACGUCACUACAGAGGAGACGGAGACUCUGAUUGUGACCUAUAUGAAGAAACCUGUGAUCAGCGGAAACACAGCGGUUAAAGAAGGAGAUGUUCUCCGUCUGACCUGCAGUGGAGAUAGUUUCCCUCCAUCUCGUGUCACCUGGACUAAACUUUAUUUCAACGAAAACCUGCAAAUCAAAAAUGUCCUGCACGACGUGAGUGGAGCAGCAACUCUUCUCAUCUCUAAUGUGACAGCAGAGUGUUCUGGUCAGUACGUCUGUACAGCGGAGCAAAGGAUCACUAAUGUGACUACAGCUGCUGAAGUAACCGUGACGUUUUUUCUAAAGUUCAGUAACCAAACCUCUGAUCAACAUGGACCGUGUGCAGAGCUUCCAUGGAUGGUGAUUGCUGUUGUUUCUCUCGUUGUGAAUAUCAUCUGCAUGAUCCUCUUGAUGUUUCUCUGGAACACAAGGAAAAAAGUGACGCCAAAACAAGAGGACAGAACUUACAUGUCACUGCAGAAAACCCACCAAUCCCCAGAGUAUGAUGUCAUCGCUCGACCUCUGAACUAAGAAGCGUCAGCUUCCACUGAGGGAUCAACAAGAUGGUUCUUCUGUUCCUUCUUCAACAUGCAUGAAGGUUCAUGAAUAUGGUUCCUAGACUUCUUUUAAUUUAACUGUAAUCUAUAUCCCGCUUUGGACAGUGUUACAAUUUUAUUAGUUCACAUUUGAUGAACCAAUGAACAUUUAAUUGCACCGAUGUUCAUGACAUAAUAAAGAUUUAUUUUGCCUAAUAUGA